AUGAAGAAACCACCAACAAAACGACAAAAUCCAGUUGAGACAGACGCCAAUCCUACGUCGGAAGACGAGGAGGAGCAGAUUGUUGAGGCGACCAAUGCGAACCCAAGGUAAGCGUCUCUUAAUUUUCAAAGAUUAUCCCGUAUAACUCUGGAGAAACCCGUUCACAAUCAGAACCACCUUGCAGUUCUCGUCACCGCCCGAAACGUCACAAAGCCGCAGCACAAGUUCCGCAGAGCACGCCGAGUUCGAUGAAAAACUCUCGUCGGAGCACACGGAUUGCAGCUGCGACUUCUUCGGUUCCCAAGGCGGAAGAUUCGUCGGGAGACGAAGAGGAUGUGGUCGCUGAUGAUGGUCCAACGAGGUAGGAGUGAAAUCUUGUGGUGUUUCUCAUAAAGCGCUAUCUAUUUUCAGCUCCUGCUCGAACAGACAAGGAGGAAGAAGCACUAAUCGCAGAGUUGCCGGCCAGAGCCGCGCCAAAGAUCGACAAGAGCAGGGGAACAGCAAUGGGGGAGUUGAGAAGUCGUCAUCGAGCACAUUGCGAAACUCCCGCCCAAGAGGUGCUACCACGUCCGCGGUCUCCAAAGAGCACACAUCUGACGACGAAGAGGAUGCAGCCACCAAAAACAAACGAGGUGUUACCAGGUGACAGUGAAAUGCUCCCGUUCACCUCUCAAAUAUCAUUUUUCAGCUCGCGUCAGAAUCGUCUAUUGCCAAGAAGUACUAGUCGCAGAGCUCUUGGCCAGAGAGCUGAAGAAGGAGAUUUGCAACAGCAGGAGAGCAGUGAGAGAGGGGUCGAGCCGUGCGCAUCGAGCACGUCGAGAAACUCCCGUCGGAUCACACGUUCUGCUGCUAUUUCUGCGGUUUCGAGAGAGGACAAGUCGGACGAAGAGGGAGAUGAGGAGGGCGCCAAAGAUGGACAUGCUACAUCCAGGUGAGACUCGCAAAAUUAUGCUUAUCUUCUAGCUCCCGUCAAUACAGACAAGGCUUCAGAAGCACUCGUCGGAGCGCACGAGUUCCUGCCACUCCUGCGGUCUACACGACCGGAGACACAUCUGAAGACGAGGAAGAUGGUCAACCAACAUCCAGGUGAGAGUGAACGGCAAUUUACCUUUUUAUAAACAUGUUUGUUCUUUCAGCUCUCGUGACAAACGAAAUUCGGCCAAAAGCACAGGUCGCCGAACAGUUCGUAAGCGAGCUGCAUCAGAGGAUCCGGACUCACAAGACAGUAGCCAAUCGCGCGGGAAGAACACGAGAACGCCGGGAAGACCAAAGAGCGCCCGUCGAAGCUCUCAAGCCCGAGUUCCUCUCAGAUUCGCGGACCUACCGAUCGAGAUGAUGGACGCACCUCUACCGAUUCGUUCAAAUGAGUCGGAUUGGUCUGUAUCUGAUGCAACACCAAUGGAUUCUGGUACUUGUUCUCUACUCGACAUAGGGGAGGAGUUCCGUGAAAAAGUGAAUGAUGCUGGAGCCGUGGGUGAGGAGGAUGGACAACCGAGCUCUAGGUGAGAAUUUGAGAAUUCUCAUGGUAACAAUUGCGUUCACUUUUCAAACUACGGUUUUUACAGCACCUGUCGCCAAACCACUCGUCCAAAGAACUCUCGUCGUCCUUCCGCUGCCCCGAAGCCUGUUCACAGCAACAUGCCUCGUAACGUGUUCCGCCAGAACGAGCCUCGUGAUCACAUGCUUCACCGAAACGCGCUCCGCCACAAUGAACUCCGCCAGAACGACCUUCGUCAAGACGAGCUCCUCCAGGACGGGGCUAGUAACAGCGGGAUUCACUUGGACGUGCUUUUUCACGACGAGCUCGGCCACCACGAACUUCGCGAUUUUGUUCUCGGCGCAAAAGUCGAAGAGGAGAAGAGCGACGCGGAUAAUUUCAGCGAAAUCGGUGCCCCUCAAUCGUCGUCGACGCCCAAAAACUCGUCGCCAGACGAAAACAGAGCCGGGAGCCGGCGGAGCCUAAUUGACACGCUCGCGAAUUCCCUGUCGACGCCCGUGCUUUCGCGUAACUCCUCUGCAAACUCGACAAAGUCGACAGGAUCAAUGAAAGCGACAAUGAGCAGCACACACGAUCAUCGCGCACCACGCACCAACGGGGAUCCGUAAGUUACUCUGGAAAUUAAAAACAAUGUUCUGAUACUGUUUCGUUUUUAGAAUUGGGCUAAUUCCACACAGCCUUCGUGAUCUCUGUGAGGGUGAUUAUGUUAGCAGCAACGCUUCAGAAGCGGAUUCGUCGGAAUCUCGAGAAGACGACAUCGUGGAGGCAAAUGGCACAGUCUUCUCUAUGGAAGGAGAUUUCAGUGGCUGUGGAUUGCCUCCAGUGGUCCAAACGUGAGUCUCGUGAACGUCAUGCUUUCAAUAUUAUUGUUUUGCGUUUUGCAGGGCCUCAAGUCAGAUUCCCCACACUCCGGUCGGUUAUAAUAUCUCGCCAAAGGGAAAGGCAAAAACUCGUGCGGCACCGCCACGCUCACCAUCGCCUCGCUCGUCAUCGCCGUCACGCUCGCCAUCGUCGUCACGCUCGCCAUCACUACAAUCGGCUCAACCGCAGAACGAUCCACAAACAAGUGCGAAACUGCCGGAGAAAAGAAAGAAGAAGCCAACAACUAGUCUUCAAGGGGUGAAGCCAGACGGAGACGAAAACGACGACGACGACGACGACGAGUCGGAUUCAGAUGAUUCUAUUUUGGAUCUCAACACGACGUGAGUUUUCUGUGCAUAAUUCGUCAAAGAAGGCACUUUUUAGAAAUGAGGGGGUGUAGCUCCUGAUGAGGGAAGCCUAAAGUCUGCUCCUAAUAUCCGCAUUCAUUUUGAGAAUAAAAAGCUUCUGUUUGAAACAGACAAUUGUUUUUAUUGUGAUUUAUUUGCAGUGAUCGUCCUCGUCGCUCUUGUACAGGACCACGCAGCUACAGAGAGGAAGUUGAGGGAGACGAUGGAAUCGAAGUGCAAAGUGAGGAAGAGGAUGAGUUCUCGCUUGUGACUCCGAAACAGAAGGAGGUAGCCGAGAAGAGAGAAUUGAAGCGCCAACAGAAGGAGCUCAAAAGAAAGGAGAAGGAAAAGAUCAAAUCUGCGAAAGAUCGAGAGAAGCGGAAAAAGAGGAUCGCCAGAAAAGAAGAGGAGGCAAGACGAAGAGAAGAAAUUCGUCAGAAGAAAGCUGAGAGAGAAUCCAAGAACGAUACGAGACGAAGUGUGGCCGAAACGCGGAAAGAUUUGAUAUAUAAAAUGAGAGUAAAUAAGACGGCGGCCAAAGACAAGAGAAAGCUCCUCCAUCAGAGAAAGCAAAGAAGUGCGCAGCUCCUGGAAGAGUUGGCCCGAGCCGGACGCGCUCAGAAGAGAACCCAAAGUUUUCGAGUGACUCGCACCCACACGACUUCUGAAAUAAAGACCGUCACUCGGAAAAGGGCGUCCUCAGAACCGCCGAACAUGUGGCGGGGCGAGGAGUUUGAGCCAAUUGACCCUCUAAGACUUGCCCCACUCGACGCGGAAUGUGUGGAUUUGCUUCGCGACGAGCAAUUAAAAACGAAUCAGUUUCUGCUCGAAGUCUACGAAUUCUGUCAGAAAAAAAUAAAAGACAAGAGCCAAGACUUCCACAUGCUGAAGGACCCCUUUUGGGAGUUAAGAAUGCUGCGAUGGGAUCACGUGAAGGCCCGCGAAUACAUAAGUUGGUUCUAUCUUAGUUCAUGCACUAAAUCAACUAAUUUCAGAACCGGGCCCAGACUUUGAUCUUUCCAUAGCUAAGCCAGGCGACGAAUACCAACUUGUCGAAGAUGAGUGGCAGGAACCAGAAGACUCGAAACUGGAAUGGAGCGACGUGGUUCAGCAAGAACCAUUCAGUGCUAUGAAAUAUUUGAGCGAUAAGCUUCACACAGUAUCCAUCCGAGAAGUCGUUUUUGAUACUUGUCCAUCCGCAUUUGAUCUGCCGACUGAGUAAGUCGACUUAAAAUCAUAAAAUAGUUUUACUCUUAUUUUCAGAGAAAGAGAAUCGGCAAUCAGGUACAUGUGCCAUAAAUUCCGGUUGCUCCUGCUGAUGUGGAAGGCGACGCACCAGAACGAGUGUUAUCCAAGAGUUGGCCACUACUUUCUUUUUCUGCUAGAGAAAGUGUUCGGAGAAAAACAGGAUAUCGACGCUCCGGUGUCAUUUGACGGCGCAGAAGGAAGAGAGAAGUAUCUCCUCCUCCGGGACACCCUUUUUUGGCUACCGCUCCAUUUCGGCGACGUCCGACGAGAGAUACACGCCCCACGGAAUCAUCUGACCAGUGAGUUUUUGCUUUCCUUUCAAAAUGUUCGAUUGAAAUUAAUAAGUUCGAAGUACGAAAGGGAGAGAGAGCAAACAUUAAAGAGAGUUUUUCAGCCGUCGCCAGACAAAUGUUCCACACUCUGCUCAACGAUUGGCCACUCUUGUGGAGUCGCUGUCCCGAAGACGAGUUGCACAUGUUGUAUCGUUUGGAGGUGGCUAGCUACCGGCUCGAAGCGGCUCUCCCUCCGAUCAAGGACUGGCUGCCGCACCUUCGUCCGCCAAAGACUGACGGCUGGGGUCAGCUUCAGCAAUUGCGGAAAGCAAAACGAGAGGAGCCCGACAUUGCGAAAAUUAUGUAUCCCAAAGAGCCGAAGCGUCCGGUUAGACGAAGGCACCGAUCGUUUUCCGAUUUCAAAGACCUGCCAGAAAUAAGAUUGAAAGAGACUGUGGAUGAAGAUGAGGUUAGAGCGAUGAGAGCAGAGAUGGUUGGGAGAAUUUAUGAGUAA